UCCUCAAAUUAGGGGACCAAAACUGCACACAAUACUCCAGGUGUGGUCUCACUAGGGCCCUGUACAACUGCAGAAGGACCUCUUUGCUCCUAUACUCAACUAUUGUUAUAAAGGAGGGUCUCAACUUGAAAUGUCAUCCAUUCCUUCUCUCCAGAGAUGCUGCUUGUCCCGCUGAGUUACUCCAGCACUUUGUGUCGCACGGGUCAAGGUAGAUUGGAAAGAAGGAUGACAGACACAAAAAGCUGGAGUAACUUAGCGAAUCAGGCAGCAUCUCUGGAGGAAAGGAACAGGUGCCGUUUCGGGUGGAGAUGUUUGGAGAGUCCACCACAGUCCACGGAUGAGGUUCCAAGCUCCUCGGUAGCGGGGGAGAGUCAGACCCCUGGGAGAAGAUGCUCCCAUGUUGACUUUGCACGCUGGGUUAUCUAGUACCUUUGAACUUCAAACAUUUCCUGCAUUUCUACCCACAUUUACCUUGUUCACUAUCACUGCUUAGUUGAUCAUUUAUUGGAAUUGCGGCUGCAUUUCUCCCAUUGCCCAGGUGACAUUCUGACACUCUCCUGUUGUCGUGAGAUAUCCAUAGGCUGGUCAGACAGAGACCAGUGCAUAGUGCUAACUGGCAUCAGUGGAAGAACCUUCCCUGCACAAGAGGACAAGAUGGUAAAGAUCAUCUUCUGCGCUGUGGGAUUCCUGCUGUUGUUACAAGCAUACAAUGUUUUAAGCCAGGACUACAAGAUAGUUUGUUACUACACAAACUGGGCACAUAAACGAGGAAACUGCAAGUUCCUACCAGAAGAUAUCAACCCCAAGUUAUGUACACAUCUGGUCUAUGCCUUCGCUGUUAUUGGCAAGAACCAUGAAAUGGUCCCACAGCAGACAGAGGAUGAAAGCCUCUACGAGUCGUUUAAUAAUCUGAAAAAACGAAACCCAAACUUACGAACACUCUUAUCCAUUGGAGGCUGGAAUUUCGGAACUGAAAAGUUCACCGCCAUGGUUUCCAGUAAAGAAACUCGCUUACUAUUCAUUACGUCUGCGAUCGAGCUUCUGAGGAAAGCGGAGUUUGAUGGUUUAGACCUGCACUGGGAGUUCCCCGGCUUUAACCGCAGCCCACACGAAGACAAGCAACGCUACACUGACUUGGUCCAGGAACUCCAGGAAGAAUUUAUAAAGGAAUCAAACGAGACCAACAAACCACGAUUGCUACUUUCUGCUGUUGUAGCAUCUGGAAUAAGAAACAUUCAAGCAGGUUAUGAAAUAGAGAAGAUUUCAGAACACAUGGACUUCAUCGGUGUGAUGACCUACGAGUUCCAUGGUCCAUGGGAUCUAAAAACUGGACCUAACAGUCCACUGUACAAGAGCUCUGAUGACUAUAAUGAUGACAGAUACUUCAAUGUAGAGUUUGCAACAAAUUACUGGAAGCAAAAUGGAGCUCCGGCAGAAAAGCUCUUGGUGGGAUUCCCAACGUACGGACGGACAUUUACUCUCUGCUCUGCCGACAACAAGCCUGGUUCUGCAGCGUGUGGACCUGGCACUCCGGGGAACUGCAGCAAAGCCGCUGGCAUUUUAGCAUACUCUGAGGUGUGUGACUUUUUGAAAGGAGCCCAUAAAGAAUGGAUUGAGGAACAGGAGAUUCCAUACGCAUACAAAGAUGAUGAGUGGGUUUCUUAUGACAAUUUGAGGAGCUUUGAGAAGAAGGUGGAAUGGUUGAAAAAUAACAGCUUUGGGGGUGCAAUGGUAUGGACAAUCGAUAUGGAUGAUUAUGAAGGUACUUCCUGUAACCAAGGACAAUUCCCCCUUAUUAAUAAACUCAAGGUUAUGCUUUCGUCAGGUUCUGGACCCACGGAUGAAUCGUCAGAGACAACACCACUGCCCAUUUCUUCAUCAGAUUCACAGGUAUCCGACCCCUGCCCCAAUCUGGAAUUUUGCGGAGGUAAAAAGGAUGGUAACUAUGCAGUGGAGUGUACUGCGGACAGUUUCUAUCAGUGUACCAACAACGACACCGAGAUUCUAACGUGCUCCAGAGGUACUUCAUACAACGCGGGCAGAGACAAAUGUGUCUGGCCACCCAGGUUAAUUCCAGCCAUCAAUUUGGCAGACAGUAACUUUUGCAAAACCAAGCUCGACGGUGCAUAUGCAAUCCCGGUUCCCUCGUACUACAAAUGCAAAGCUGGGCAGAUGCGCGUGAAGAAGUGCUCCUCUGAUCUACUCUACGAUGCAGUCAGCAAGAAAUGCAUCAGUGCAAACACAUUUAGUGACUACGAUGUGUCCUUCUGCAGUAGUAAUGAAGAUGGGACCUAUCCCAUCCUUGGCAGACCAAACAAAUACUAUCACUGCCUGAAUAAGGAUACCAAUGUAGGGAGCUGUCCCAAGGGGAGCUUCUACAAUAAUUUCUGUAAAUGCUGAAUCUAGCGUUACGUUGAA